UCGUUCCAAAGAGUGCCAGGGAAGAUUUAGAUCCAAUUUUCUAUAUAGGGAAACAAUCAAGAUUGUGCCAAAAAAAAAAAUCUGCCAUGCAUCUGACAGCAGAAGCAUGCAGAUGUGUGCUUUAGAGUAAAGAAAAAAUAAAAUAUUAUAAAAAAAUAUAUAGGAAAUGAAAGUUUAAUAGAGGAGCAAAAAAAAAAAAAAAAAGCGAAACUUCGUGUAAAAAGUUGUUGCAAGUUUUAUUGAUCAGACUUUAAGUUGGAUCAGUGAAGCGGGAGCGACCUGAACUGAGAGUUAUAAAGCAGCGAAGAUGAAUUGAAAAAUAAAAAAAAAAAAAAGGAUAAUAAAUAUGAUUCCUCGAAAAAUACGUGUGUGAUGCUUGAGGAAGAGUUUACAGAAACAAAACCAUUGAAAGAGUUGAGCCGACUCUGCCUUGGUGCGAACAAUACUCAAAAUAACGUGGUAACCACCAGUGUUUGCACUGAAACGCGUGUUGGCUUACCUCUUCUUCAAGUAUGGCCAAGCGAUUCACCAAGAGGAGAAGGAGAUGGUCAAUCUCAGGCUUUUAUAUUUCCAGAUAUUCACGAAAACGUCAACGACAGUGGCAUCGAAUCCAUUCAGGCCUCUCCAUCGCCAUGUGGUAUAACGUGUGUCAGUCCAGCAAACACCCCUCAGCAAUCACGUCGACCAAGUCUUCUUCAUCCGGAUCAUGCACGACUGCAUUCGCAUCAUUCGCAUCACAAUCACCACAACAGUGGAUCGAAAAAUUCUCCAACCCCCGAUAGAAAUUCUAUCGAUGAAGAUGUUCAACCUGUACCGCCAAGUCCAUCCAGUUCGACUACAAGUAGUAUUCGCUCGAUGCCAAGUUCAGCUAUGUACUCCGCUUCUAUGCAUUCUGCCGAUAGGAGGCGUAGCAGUAGAUACAGUAUGUUCGAUGCAUUGGACCUGGAAUACGCACUUUUACGCGCAGCAGCACGUGGUUCAGUUGGACCAUAUUCUUUGUCCGAGUCCCUGCACAAAUUGACCUUCACCCAGAGUCUGGCUUUUCCAGGUUUAGCUCGUGGCCUAGCCUCGAAGCAGAGCAUCCCAUCCAAUAGGAGACCCCAACAACACGUUGAAAGUGGAAUGAACGCAUUUGCUAAGGUUGUCACAGCUUUAGUAUUAAUGCUGGUCAGUGUUCUUGUGUUUGGUGUUGUUUACAAAUUUGUAAGGACGUGAGGAUUGCUGCUGGUACCUGAGCGAAUUCAAAAUUCCUCGUCGGAUUUACAAAAUUCCGAUGUCCUUACUUUGGGUACCAGCGAUUGAUUACUAAAUAAUAAUAAUAAUAAUAAUAAAAACUCAAAAUUCAUCAUUUUUAAAAAAUUUUUAAUGUUAAAUGCGUGUAUUGUAUGUUUGAUACACUCAGAAAAAAAAUGUGUUUGAAACAACCAAAAGUUGAUUGUAUCAACUAAAAGUUUAUUUGGCUCAACCAAAUUCUUUCUUUGUUUGGAAUUUGUUUUAAAAGAAACAUAACGUUUAGAUUUAAUUUAUUUAAAUCAAACAAAUUUUGUUGGAAAUAACCGUUAAAUUGUAUUAAUUAAAAAAAAAAUUGAUAGAUUUAUUAGUUCAAACAAAACUUUUCUCUGAGUGUGCAUAUAUUCAUUUCUCUGGGUAUGAAUUAUGUAAUUUGACGUCAAAGUCAAAUUUAUUUUUUGAUUUCACUUUGACGUCAAAUUCAAAUUUCAAUUUGAUAUGAAAUUCAAAUUUAUUUUUUAUUUCACGUUGAAGUUAAAUUCAAAUUUAUGUUUUGAUUUUGAUUUCAAUUUAAUGACAUCAAAU